AACUUGUUAUUCACGAAACUUAAUAUCAACCAAAAACAACAUUCAAUUUUCAUAAUAUAACAACAAUAAAUAAACAAAGCAAAAAUGGGUAAUAUUUGUUGUUGUUGCAUUAAAAGGUCACAUACACCAUACGAUCCUUUCAUUUAUGAUCAAGAGUAUGAAGAUUAUUAUGAUGCUAAUCCACUUGACCCUAGAAUAAUUAAUACAUAUAACCCACCAUCAGUUAUCCGUCUUGAUGGUUCAAAUUAUAAAGAACCAGAUAAUAAUAAUAAUAUAAACAGCUCAGUCAUAAACGUAAAUGACUAUUAUAGUAACAAUAACAACAACAGUAAAGUUUUUAUAAACUCAAAACAACCACAGCAACAAGACUCUAGAUAUAUGACUUCUUCAUUUAGUGAUUUACAUAAAGGUUACCAAGAACAAUCAAGUUCAUUUAAAGAAACAUUUGUACAUAAUAAUAAUAACAACAACAAUAAUAAUAAUAAUAAUAAUGAUAGUAACAGCACAUAUAAAGCUUUUCAAGAAGAUACAGAGGAUGAAGAAAACAGCGAUCUCUAUGAAACUGAACAAUAUCAACAACAACAACAACAACAAAAUAAGCAACAACCACAACCACAUUCAGAUCAAUUUUAUUCCCACUAUACAAACUUUACAGAAUCACAUUAUGAUGCAAAUCCACCAACUACAGAUUUAGGUGUUACAGAUUCAAUAAUGGAUUCAAUUUUAUUAGGUGUAAAUAAUAAUAAUAAUAAUAAUAAUAAUAAUAAUAAUAGUAAUAGUAAUAAUAAAUCGAAUGUUAGGUUCCAAAACAAUUUUAAUAAUAAUAAUAGUUUAAAUAAUACAACAACUUCAAGCUCAAACCAAAAUGAAAAUCUUAAUUCAAAUGUAUUUAAUUCAACCAAUUCUAGCUUAAACUCAUCCAUAAACGUAGAUGGUUCUGUUUAUUACGAUGCCCAUGGAUCAUUUAGCAGCCAAUAGUCAUAAUAUCAAUAUACAUUAAAUCAUUAAUAAAUAAAUAUAAUAUCAAAUAUAAAAUACAUUAUUUUAAUAUAUAAAAUAAAAAUAUAACAAACAACCUUAAAAUAACAUAUUUAUAUAUAAUUAAAAAAAGCAUAAUAAUCAUUAUAUAAAGUGAUGUUUAUAACUAUAAUAUUUAAUAAAUUAUUUUUAUUUUUAUUAUAACAC